CCGGGAGAGGGGCGGUCGCCUCCGCCUGCGGCCGGCCGGGUUGUCACGGCCGCGAGCUCGGAGGAGCGCCUUCGCCUCCCCGCCGGGCUCUCGUCCGGCCUCCCCGCCUCACAGGCCUCGGGCCGGCGGCGGCCCCGCACUCAGCCGGGCUCGGAUGGGCGGCGGGAGGAGCGGCCUGGGAUGUUCAGUCUGAUGGCCAGUUGCUGCGACUGGGUCCAGCGCUGGCGUGAGCCGGUCAGGUUGGCAAAUAAACAAGACAAGGAGGGGGCGUUAGGAGAAGCUGACGUGAUUGAGUGUCUGUCUCUGGAGAAGCUGGUGAAUGAGCACAAGUGUCUCUGUCAGAUUGAACCUUGUUCAGCAGUCUUGGGAUAUGGAAAGAAAAUUGACAAGUCCAUUAAAAAAGGCCUUUAUUGGCUGCUACAUAUCAUUGCAAGAGACUUUGAUGCCUUAAAUGAACGCAUCCAAAAGGACACGACGGAACAGCGUGCUCUUGAGGAGCAAGAGAAACGAGAGAGGGCUGAACGCGUGCGGACACUGCGGGAAGAGAGAGAACAAAGAGAGCGUGAACAGGCUGAACUCGAUGGAACCAGUGGUCUGGCUGAGUUGGACCCAGAACCGGUUAUUGUUAAUCCUUUCCGGCCGAUAGCAUCUGUAAUCGUUGAGAAUGAAAAAAAGCUUGAAAAAAAGAGGCAAAAUAUGGAGAAAGACAGUGAUGGCUGCCCCCUGAAACACAGAGUGGAGCGUGAGCAAAUAGACACACACAGCCAGGUCAGCGACAGCAGCCAGAACAACGACGAGCUUGGAAUAGCAGAAAAUUAUCAGGAGGCAUUAACCCAGCAGUUGGAGAAUGAAGAUGAGACAGACCAGCGAUCAUCAGAAUCAGAUAACAGUAAAAAGAAAACUAAGAAGUUAAGAAUAAAAAGGAGUCACCGUGUAGAACCUGUUAAUACUGAUGACUCUGCUCCUAAGAGUCCAACACCACCCCCACCUCCUCCUCCUGUUGGCUGGGGAACCCCCAAAGUCACUAGACUUCCAAAACUCGAGCUUCUUGGUGAAACACGUCAUAAUGAUUUCUAUGGGAAGCCACUGCCUCCCGUGGCCGUGCGACAGAGACCCAACAGUGAUGCUCACGAUGUGAUCUCAUAACCAAGUCACGUGGAUGAGCACUCUCAGUACCAGCAAGAACUGCAGGACCUUCUUCCUCAAAGAAGAAAAACCCUGAACACUGAUGACUGGGCAGGAUGACCAUAGCAACUCCCGUGAGGAGAUUAAUAGCCCAAGACGACUGACCUGAUCAUUACUUAUCCGUGUUCUUCAUGGCUGAAAAAAAAAUGGAAGGAAAAGGACCAGCAGAUGGGAUGAGCAUUAAGUCAGCGAAAGUUAGCAUCGACCCUGGUCUAUGCAUCCCACUCACUGGCAUGUUCCUGAGGGAAAAACCUCUUCAGAAGAGCCAAUGGACUCUGCACACUUUCUUUACUGUUUGUCUAAUAGUCUCUGUUUCUGUAUCUUAAACAUUUUUGUAAGAUACAUGUGCAUGGAAGGGGAACUCUUGGGAAUUUAUAACCUAAAUUUUUAACUUUUUAUAUUUUUCUGAAACUUUUGUUUAAGAAUUUUAAUUACUAUGAUAUUGACUGUGCACUUUUCUAUAGAUGCUUUGUUUAAACUGUCUGGAAAAUGGAGUUGAUUUACUUGACAAACAUGAACUUUACAAACAUGAUAUAUUUAUAUGGUUUGAGGUAUGUUUUAUAAUAGUAUUUUUCUCUAAGUGUACGUCCUAAUUGCACUUAAUUUUAAAAUAAUACCUUUUUAAAAUAGAUUCUCAGAUCUUUAUUCUACCAAAUUAUGUUACUUGACAGCACUACCCAAGGACAGAGUUCAAUUUUUUGUUGUUUUCUUUGGUGAUGAUCCCAAUGAAUGAAAGAGACUUGAAAUACCUUUUGACCUAAAUGCUUUUUAAAUUAAUAAAAAUGUUAUGUGAAAUAUUAUUAAAAGUCCCAAUAGACACCUCUUUCAAGGUUGGACCUUUUGGGUCCAAGAGCUCCUGUGACUCCCUGUUGUCUCAGAAGCUGCGGUGACUUCAGGUCAUUCUGAUCCUUUUGUGCCUUGCAAUUAAAGGCAAAAAGACUGGAAAGUUUCUGUAGGUCCAGAGACAUGUGUUUUACAACCGAGAGAUGCUUGGGUACUACAGUAAGAAUAAAAAUGUUGGUUUACAAUUACGUUUAUAAAGAAAUAAUUUCAGCAUAAAAUAUUACUUCUCUUGCACUGAAGAAGGGCAUCCUCCAGGAUUCUGUAUUCAUUUGGCAUUUAGACAAACUUUCAGAGUUAAUAUUUUGAGAAAUAGAUUCAUAAUGUUGCAUUUAGUUGAAAGCAUACAUUUAUAUCAAGGAGAAAAUACGAUACGCAGUGUGGUUCCUGUAUCACCGUGUUGAAAUCGGCCAUUUGCUACCUUGUACCGACCACAGACGCACCCUGGAAUCUGACAGUAACAGGAUAGGUACAUCUAAGGCAGUUUAAUGUGAUCAUUUACUUUUAGAAUUUUACUUCAGAGCGUCACAUCUUAUUCACAUCUUUUAACUCAUUCAACUUUAAUUAAUCAGGUCACUUAACUACCCUAGUCAGCAUCAUACGUGGUUUCUUGGAGUUUUGUACAUGGACCUACCUAGCACACUGAGUAACAAGCAUCCUCCUUCAGAUAUAAAAUUCAUAACAACCUGAAUUUGAUAGGUGGCUGAAAUGUAAGGAAAAACAACACAAGGAGACAGAAUGUAAAUUUUGAACUAGAGUUUAGAGAAAAAACUUGUUUGCACAUCUUGUUGGUUCUUUUUGUAACAUUUACAUUUAUUCAUUUUUUAAAAAUUAAACAUACUUUUGUCAUCUUCUUAAUAUUCAUCUAGUUUGAGAAUAAAUAUGUUUU